AUGGAAUGGUCCCGAGAGAAAACGUUGAAACUAGUCGGGUUGCUUCAAGUGAACGCAACAUUGUGGAAUCCAACGAAUUGUGAAACAAGAAGGGCUAAACAAAGACGCAAACAAGAGCUGCGAUCUAUUGCAAAUGUGUUUCGAAUAUCAGUGUUUGAUAUUACGAAAAAGAUACAACAUCUUCGCACGCAAUACAACAGGGAGCUGGCCCGCGAAUCUAUCGCGCGAGCGCAAAAUCCAAAUGAAAAUUAUGUUGUAAAUUGGUAUGCUUACGACUACUUACACUUUUUAAAGGACUCUAACAAGCCUUUCAGAUUGGUUAACUCGGAUGGAUAUUACGGCAAUGGCACACCGAAUGACGACGAAACGCCGAGAGGCGAAUCAAAAAAUACAUCACCACUACCACCAAAAAUAGCCAGAUCUGAUAACAUAGAAGGCAAUAUAGAAUAUUCAUCACCUAAAAAGAGAGACGAGUUCACUGUAUAUGGAGAAUAUAUUGCCAACGAAUUGAGGUCACUGAAAUGUGAAAGAAGUCUACUAUUGGCUAAGAAGAGAAUACAAGAUGUUAUAUUUGAAGUUAAGAUGAACAUGUUAACUGACUAUAGUCAAAAGUCAAAUAAUGUGUUCACAACAUCUAUAACCCAGGCUGAACCCAUGCGUAACGAUAAGAUGGUCUAUACUGUGCCUGUGAUUAAUAAUAAUGAAGCAUUGCCAACUUCAGAGGCUCAGCCAACUUCAACAUUAAAUGAAAUUAUAAUAAAUGAACCAAAAGCGGUGAGGAUGGCGGCUUUAACGUUAUGGAUCUCUUGCUUAGGUUUAGCAUGUGGAAUUUCUAAAGCUUCAAUAAGUGAGAGUAAUAAUAAAUUAAAUGUAAUAGAACAUUUUGAGUCAAGACCGACACGGUAUUCGCCUUCUUGGAAAGACCUCGACACUCGUCCUUUGCCAGAAUGGUAUGAUAGAGCUAAGAUUGGAAUAUUCCUCCACUGGGGAGUGUUCUCUGUUCCAAGUUUUGGGUCUGAGUGGUUCUGGAGCAAUUGGGUUGGAGGCAACCAGAAGUAUAUAGAUUUUAUGAACCAAAACUAUCCACCUGGUUUUACAUAUCAAGAAUUUGCUCCUAUGUUCAAAGCUGAAUUCUUUGAUCCAAAUGCUUGGGCAGACUUGUUUAAGAAGGCGGGAGCUAAAUAUAUUGUCCUAACGAGUAAACAUCAUGAAGGUUACACACUUUUUCCAUCAAAGCGAUCCUUCAGUUGGAACUCUGUUGAUGUAGGGCCUAAGCGAGACUUAGUCGGAGAUGUGGCUGAGGCAGUAAGGAAGCAGGGGAUGAAAUUUGGUGUAUACCACUCUUUAUAUGAAUGGUACAACCCAAUUUAUUUGGAAGAUAAAAAAUCAUUGUUCCUGUCCAAGAAUUAUCCAACCACUAAGCUUUGGCCUGAUAUCAAACAGCUUAUCAAUGAUUACCAACCAUCCGUUCUGUGGUCUGAUGGGGACUGGGAAGCGUUAGAUGCCUACUGGAAUUCCACAGACUUGCUCGCAUGGCUGUACAAUGAUAGUCCAGUGAAGGAUGAAAUUGUAGUGAAUGACAGAUGGGGUAUAGGUAUACCUUGUCAUCAUGGUGAUUUUUAUAAUUGUGCCGAUAGAUAUAAUCCAGGUACUCUUCAAGCCCAUAAGUGGGAGAAUGCAUUCACAGUGGACUCAAAAUCGUGGGGCUACAGGCGCAACAUGAAUUUAUCUGAAAUUCUUACUAUAGAGCAGCUACUGAAGGAAGUUGUGUCGACUGUUAGUUGUGGAGGCAACGCUUUAAUAAACGUAGGCCCUACUAAAGAAGGCACCAUCGCCCCAAUAUUCCAAGAGAGGCUCUUAGCUCUUGGUGAAUGGCUUCAAAUUAAUGGUGAAGCCAUUUAUGAAACGUCUCCCUGGAAACACCAAAACGACAGCUUGAACAGUGACGCGUGGUACACUUGUACUAAAAGCGAAUAUGAUGGGGUUAAGGAUAUAGCCACUUAUCUGCAUAGAGGCACUCUACAAGUCACCUUGCUGGGGAGUGAUGGGACAUUGAAUUGGAAGAUCAACAGUGGUGUGGCAUACAUUCAGCUACCAAGCAAGAAUACAGUAAAGUCUAACGUUGGAUGGUCUUUGAAGUUUAGCUAUACAUAG